AUGGCUGAUCGCUUGCGGCGUGCCAUUUACCACGAAAAGGCGAGCAUCUCCUGGAUUCAUGCUCUCAACUCUUUGCUGCAGCAGCCUCUUUUUACGGCGACAGAUUUGGCGUCGAUUGCUCAGAAUCUCGAUGCAAUGGAGCAAUCAUACGACGAGAACCAUCGAGGACGGAGCACCAACAUGGACGAUAGCGGUCCUUCCAUUUUGCCCUACAUCCAAAACCAAUCUGAUUUUUCUUCAGGAUUCUUCUCGAUCCAGGUCCUGGAAAAUGCUCUACAAGUCUGGGGACUAACGCUGGUUCGAUGGCGCUCACAAGAGAUGCGACCUUAUCUGGAUAAACCAUACACGCAGCUUGCUUUUAUUCUGAACCUUGAACUACACUGGUUUACCCUCCGCCGCUUCGGUCCAGCUGAGGCAGAUGUAACCCGUGACCCGGGGGAAGGCCAUUGGUUUAAUUUGAACUCUUUCUUAGAGGAGCCCGAAUGGGUCUCCAAGACCUAUCUUGGCAUGGUAUUGCAGCAAGCCGAAACGGAGGGAUAUUCGGUCUUUGUCGUGUCGCAAAUAGAUCCCAUGGCACCACUCGCACUUACACGAACAACGGCUGACGAAAUUGCGGCAUCCAUACCCGAUAUCACCAGUGGCGGAAGGCAUCUCUCCACCUCACGCACAGCAUCCAAGGCCUCGACGUCGGCUGCGAAUGACUGGGGUGUUUCGGGAGCCGAGGAUGAGGAUAUGGAACUCCAGGCUGCGCUCUUUGCCUCGGUGAUGGGCGAAAGCACCCAAUCCUCCACUGCUCUAGAACCAGCGCGACCUGCACCUCGCCAGGGAACUUCCGAUGAAUGGGAUAUCAACACGUCUUCCUUUUUCGGUAGCUCGCGAAUGGCAUCUUCGGCAGCGGAGAGUUCGGUUGAAGCCAGUGCGCGAAGAGCCCGUGAAGAGCUUGCUCGGUUCCAGGAGGAGCAAAUGCGGGCACUGGAUGAACGCACGGACUCCGAUGAUAUGAUUGCAGGUGUGCUUGGACGAAGACGGAAUGUAGCCAGCGAAACCAUCGCGGCUGAACCCCGUACGAGGCAAAGACGACAACAACAAGAUGAAGAAGAAGAGGAGAUGAUACGGCGGGCAAUAGAAGCGAGCAAGCGUGAAGCCCAGGAGAAUGGCCAAGGGGAUGACUCGGAGGAGGAACCCAUGAGCUUUGAUGACGACGAAAAUGCCUAUGAUGAGGAACAUGAAGAGCGGGAACAACUCGAAAGGUUGAUGCAAGAAAGGAGGAAGCGACAACGCGAACAGGAGGAGCAAGAGAGGAUCCGACGUGGGUUCGUCGAUGCAGAGGACGACUUCGGACAUUUUGGUGCAAAUGCGGAGCAUCUGGUGAAUCGAACUUAUGACGACGAGGAUGCAGAACUCCAGGCCGCCCUCAAGGCGAGCUUGGAAGGAGGUACCGAGAGUCUCGCCAUUCCUUCACCACCGAAACCAGUUCGAGCACCCACGCAGCAGGAGUCGAAAGAAACACCUGCUGCAUCGGCCAGCCAAACUGCACCUCGAAAGCCAGACUCGGAUGAAGAGGACUCGGACUCGGACGACGAACCAGAGACGGAACAAGAAGCGCCACCCAAGCCUCUUACCGCUGAAGAAUUGCGUAAGGCACGACUCGCAAGGUUUGGAGGCGCAUAA